AUGGCUCCCUCACUCUCUGUAAAAGACCUCAUCACCGUUGAUCCAGGUCUACCCAACCAACACCCCACCCAAUCGCACUGGCAACACAUCCCCCAUGCUCUAUCGAACACCCAGUCUCCUUCACUGCCACAAAAAACAGACAUCGCUAUCAUCGGCUCCGGCAUCACUAGUCUCUCCGUGUGCAAAACCCUACUUGAAUCCCAUCCCUCGAUGACAAUAACUCUCCUGGAAGCCCGCGCGCUCUGCUCUGGUGCCACGGGCCGCAACGGCGGCCAGCUAGCCACCAAUGCAGGAGAGGAGUAUCAGCAUCUAGCCAGGACACAUGGAGCCGAGAUGGCGGGCAAAAUCGUCCAGUUUACAUGGGAUAAUCUGCAACGUAUGCGAACACUAAGUUUGACAUAUGCGGGGGAGACGAGCGAGCUGCAGGAUGUUCAGAAACUGAGGGUGUUUCUAACGAGUAAGGUGUUCAAGAGGUUCAAAGACAGUAUGGAUAUGUUGGAAACGGAUCAUCCGUCUUUCAGAGGCACAUAUACCAUCGUCAGUGCGGAGGAGUUGAAGCAAGAGUAUAAUAUCUCCGGUGCCGGAGGUGCUCUUCUCCCCGCCGGAACCAUCUGGCCCUAUCGACUCGUGACUACAACAUUCGCCAGUCUCCUAGACAAAUAUAAAUCUAGAAUUUCUAUUGAGACGCAUACCCCCGUCACUGCAGUAAACUACACAACGGAGGAGUCAUCCUGCCAUCCAUAUAUCCUGCACACCACCCGUGGAACCCUCCGUGCCGGAAAAAUCGCCUACUGCACAAAUGGAUACUCCGGCCAUCUACUUCCCCGUCUGCGUGGUCUUAUCUACCCAUUCAAGGGGACCAUGACCGUGCAGGUUCCCGGAGCUGCGGCUCCCAAUCGGGGAGAAUAUCUCUCCUGGGGAUUCCAUUACCCUGCAGUAUAUGAUGCAUGCUCGAUGCGGUAUGCAGCAGGAUUGUACUAUUUGAUGCAGAAUGCUAAAACGGGGUACUACUAUUUCGGUGGUGAGGAUACACGUGUUGAUCUAUGUCUGUCGGCGGACGAUAGUCGCAUCGAUGAGGAUUUGGUGCAGAAGCUGCAGGCGAAAUCGGUAUUUGUAGGUGAUGAGAGUCAGGGCCAUGAGCCGCGGACGCUGGUUAGUGCGUGGACUGGCGUGAUGGGGUUCUCGGCGGAUGGGAUGCCUGUCGUCGGUCAGUUACCUUCUUCCUUGACGGGUAGGAAAGGUGAGGGGGAGUACAUAGCUGCUGCUUUUAAUGGGUACGGGAUGGCGAAUUGCUUGUUAUCUGGGGAGGCUCUGGCGAAAAUGAUGUUGGGGGAGGGUGUGAGUGAGUGGCUGCCUGCAGCGUACGGAAUUCAUGAUGGCCGUUUGAAGGAGCUGCUGACGGUGGAUCAUGCGGUUCGGUCUUUUGAGCGGCAUACAUGA